AUGGCCAGUAACCAGGCCAGCCUGCAGGAUGAUCAGAGCAGGCACUGCAAGUUCUUAUCCUAUAUGUUCUACCAGGCUGUGAGAGAUCACAAGCCUGUGUGGAUGCUGGAAGACAUGAGAACUAUGGAGUAUUUUUAUUGGGAGGAAAAUGCCAGCCUACGAACCUACUCACCUUCAGAAGCCCUUCUCUAUGCAGUGGUGCAUAAUCACCUGCCUUAUGCUCAAUAUCUGCUGUCUCAUUUUCCAGAGGAGGCUCUCAAGGUGCCUGGGGAGCACUUCUGCUAUUGCCCAUCCUCUGCUCCUCACUUGGCCAUGGCGGUCACAUAUGACAGGAGAGAUAUCUUGGGACUGAUCAUCAAAAUUGCACACAAGCUCCCCAGCUUGAACUCCUAUAUCAAUCGGGCUGGCUGCUUUCAUCUGGAAGAUGGGAAAACACCCCUGCACCUUGCCUGUGAACUGCUGAGGUCAGAGACGGUCCUCAUCCUCCUCGGGAAUGGAGCAUCUCCCAGGAUAGAGGACAGUAAAGGGCUUACCCCACUGGACGUCAUCCUGGAGCAGAUGUGGGACUCCAAAGUCAAUGUCGCAUCAAAGAAGCUCUGCCUUGACUACCUCUUGCUCUUCAUGCCCAACCCACAAUUCAAGAUGCGGAAAGUUCUGCAGGAGCAUCCAGAUCACUGGACAGCUUUGCUGGGAGAAGACAAAUUCAACAGCUUGGUGGGGAACACACCUGCUUCUUUAUAUCUGCAAGCUAUGCAAACUAUUCUCCAGACUCUUCCCCCUUCCCACUUUCCUAAAAGCAUCCAGGAACUACCUAUACCUCAGGCACUAAAGCCCUUACCAUCCUAUGGCAAAAAGCUACCAGCAAAAAAUGUGGUAAAUGUUUUUCCUUGA